AACGAGUUAUACUCUUAAGUUUGUGUUCAACAUGUCGGUUGAAUUGUUUAAAACAAUUCCAAUGUUAGUAACACUUAAUUUAAUGGCUACGUGUAUAUUUGGUUGCUGUGGUGCUGUUAUUGUUUUUGAGGAUGUACCAUCAGGUGGCGAAAUUAGGCUUGGUAAGGAUCACUCACUGUCGUGUGUUGUUAGUGGGAUAAUAUACGAAAGUCUGACUUGGUUUAAAGAUGGUACUGAAAUACAAAUAGAAGAUGUAGACGACAGAAGAAUUUCUAUAGCAAAAAGCGAACUAUCUAACGGAAAUUUAUCUACACUAGUUAUAGACAAUGUAAUGCAAAGAGAUGCUGGGCUCUAUCAAUGCGUCGUUAUAUCUCCGACGUCUGGGUCGGUGUUGAGUAUUUCUACAAAAGCUGAAUUAACUGUCCUUUCUCUACCAGCAUCAGAAUAUCCUCUUUGUUCAGAGUCUGAUAAUGCUAUUAUUGCAGGAUCAACGGUAGAAUUAAAAUGUGUUUCUGAAAGAGUUUAUCCCCAAGUGAGUUUACAAUUUACUCGCAACUCUAAACCCGUGGAUACGAGGACAAUUUCCAAAGAAACAGGAAACUUAGUAACACUUCUGUUUACGUUAACAACCAGCAAAGAUAACAAUGGUGACAUUUACGAAUGUCACCAAUAUUCAUCGUUGGAUUCAAAUUAUCAAAAAUCAUGUACGAUGAAACCUUUAAACAUACAAUACAAACCUGAGAUAAAAAUACAGCAUACUACUCCAGUAUUAUCUGGACGAGAGACAAUUAUAUUUUGCCAGACAUUUGCUAACCCUCCUGUUUCACAUUAUCAGUGGACAUCAGUGCCUCAAUUAAAAGCUGAAAAUAUCAUUGUUGAUGAAACUGGUCAAAUACUUAAACUAUUACGACCUUCAUUAAAACAUAGUGGAACAAAUAUAACGUGCAUUGCUACUAAUGGAAUCGGACAAGUAUCAUCGUCUAUAGAAUUACAAGUUUAUCAAUCAAUGAGCAAUUCUGAAAAUAAUAAUAAUCCUUUCGAAUCAACAAGUAAUACUUUAUAUUCUGAAACGUCAAAGAAAAAUAUUCGUUUAUCACUAGAUGUAAUUAUCAUCAUCGCUGCUGGUGUUGUUAUUAUUGUUGUACUUGUUGUUCUAGUUCCCGUUUACCAUUACUGUUUGUGUCGUAACAAUAACAUAACCACAGUUGAUUCUUCCGGAAAAGAAGUAACUCAACCUGAAGUGUAUUAUGAGGCUAGGGAGGGAGUUAUUUUAAGACACACAAUACAAGAUCGUUCGCUGCCUCGUGUACCUACUACAGAAGUGUAUGGUCAUUGGAGACAUUCAACGGCUUCACAAGUUCCCAAUGAUCUUGAGUCACAUAGUUACACUUAUAUUGAUACCGAAAACGACUAAGCAAUCAUUAUUUAAAGCAGCUAUCUCUGUAAUAAACAUUCAUUCAUUGAUAACUACAUAGAUCAUAAUCUUGAAGUAACUAAAGCAAAUGUAACCUGAGAGAGCAGCUAGCUCAGUCGGCUAAUCUGGUGGUAGCCACUGUGUGUGCGCUGAACCGUGGAGAUCUCUAGAUCCCCGGUUCAAUUCCCAUCGCUGCCUCUCCUUGUGUUUCAGCUAGAGG